GCUAGAGCUGCCUAUGGGACACUGCGAAAGCAUGGCCUUUCCUUGCCGGUGACCAUCUCGAGAGGAGUGGGGAACCGACGAUCUGCAAAUGAUAUCAACCAGAACCUUGCCGAGCUGAACUUGCAACCGAACUACAAAGGAAACUCGCUAAGCACCCGCUUCCUCGCAGCCAUGAUGCUUCGAUCGGAGUACCAGGACACACCGGAGAGGCUCGAGCAAUUAGUUGAGCAUGUAGUCACUGAUCUUUCCAGCCUUGGGCGCGAAGGGAUCGAGACUUCUCAAGGGCGAAUAUGGUUGGCUCCGCUGGGCAAUAAAGGCGAUUGGUCCUAUUUGGUGGAUAUCGCGAACUUGAACAGAUCAUACAGGAUGUGCAACUUGUGCAACUUGUGCAUCAGUUUUGAUUUAGUAUUCACGAAUGAUGAGUUCCUCCCCGGCCUUCCUCAGCACUAUGCCAUCGCCUACAUUGCCGUGGACCCGCGAGUCCUGCCAGACCUGUGGCAUAACAUGCAAUUGGGCAUUGCCAAAGCCUUUGCAGCCAACGCCCUGGUUACACUGAUGCACUUUUUUCCUGCCUCGAGUGUGGAUGCACAAUUACAAGCCAUGACGACAGAUUUUCUGCAGUACUGCAAGGCAGCGGCUGCGAAAACACUGAAUCGUGCGAUGUCUGCCCUUUAUAACUCCGAUGUCUGGAUGAGUGCAUCGGAAGCAAGCCGGAUUUCGGACCUGGGCCUGUAUUUCUUGCGAGCCUAUGUGCGGCUGGCCGGGAUUCACUACAACCGGAACGAACCACGGAGGAUCUCCUGGAUUCUCAACCCCAUCAUAGAAGCAACUCCGCAAGAUGAAGAUUUCGUUGGCAAGGUAUCGAGGCCACUGAUCGAUCGAGCUUUGGGGCUUCGAGAAAAGGUUGUUUGGGAGGUCAACUGUUUUCUCGCCUCUAGGGCCGAGAAGCUGAUCAAGGAAAAAUCUCAGGACUUUAUUCCCAGCAAAGAUGCCAAGCAAGAGACGCAGCUUCCCGAGCUGGUCUACCCAGGCAUUUCCGAGUAUCCUGCGAUCGAAGCCCGGCCGCCUCAGGUGACGGCUUUCGAGGUUACGAAGUCGAGGAUGCUUCGGGAGAUGCCUCCCGUGCCAGAUCCAGCUCCCGAGGAGCCUGCGCCACCGGAAGACGACAUCGUGGCUGCACGCUGGCAGGUGGAGGCUGAGCUCAAGGCCAAGGAGGACAUCAUGGACAUUAAGGGUGGAGUGAUCACGUAUAGCCGCAGCUCCACGCCUGCCACCAUGGCCGCCUCGAGACCUGAGCGGGACUUUGUGA